CAUGUAAUGAAAUGUUGUUCUCUUCUUCUUCUUCUUCUCUUUCACCACCGUCAUCUCCUAUCAUCUUCUCUCCUCCUCUGAAACCAAACUCAGAGCCUCCAUAUGAACUUCUUAAAACCCACCCAUCUCUUUCACUUCUCUCAAAAUGCAAAAACAUUCAAACCCUCAAACAAAUUCAUUCUCAAACCAUCAAAACUGGUCUCCACAAUUUCCAGUUCACAUUAAGUAGACUCAUUGAGUUCUGUGCUGUUUCUUCACCUUCUAAUGGCGGUGAUCUUUCGUAUGCUCUUUCCAUAUUUGAAUCCAUGGAAGAACAACCAAAAUUGUUCAUUUGGAACACCAUGAUUAGAGGUUAUUCUCUAAGUUCUUCACCAGAACUAGCUAUCCAGUUUUAUAUCCGAAUGCUUGUUUCUGGAAUUGAGCCAAAUUCAUAUACAUUCCCAUUCCUUUUGAAAUCUUGUAGUGGUGGUGGUCAGUUUCAGGAAGGUAAACAAAUUCAUUCUCAUGUUUUGAAGAUGGGUUUGGAAACUGAUUUGUUUAUACAUACUUCACUUAUUAAUAUGUAUGCAAGAAAUGGUGAAUUAGUUGAUGCUCGGUUAGUGUUCGAUAAAAGUUGUCAUAGAGAUGUUGUUUCGUUUACAGCAAUGAUCACUGGAUAUGCUUCUGGGGGUUACUUGGAUGAUGCACGUAGGCUUUUCGAUGAGAUUCCUGUAAGAGAUGUUGUGUCGUGGAAUGCUAUUAUUGCCGCUUCUGUUCAAAGUGGGAAAUUUGAAGAAGCAUUGAGCUCUUUCAAAGAUAUGUUGAAAGGGAAAGUGAAACCGAAUGAGAGUACGAUGAUUAGUGUUCUUUCUGCUUGUGCGCAUUCAAGUUCUCUGGAGAUUGGGAAUUGGGUAGGUUCAUGGAUUGAAGAUAAUGGACUUGGUUCAAAUCUUCGGUUGGUCAAUGCUCUGCUCAAUAUGUAUUGUAAGUGUGGAGAUUUGGAAAAAGCUCGUCUUUUGUUUGAUGGAAUAAGUAGAAAGGAUUGCGUGUCAUGGAAUAUAGUGAUCGGGGGUUACACGCAUAUGGGUCAGUACAAAGAAGCAUUGUAUCUCUUUCAACAAAUGCAACGUUCAGGCGAAGAACCGAACGAGGUCACUAUCUUGAGCAUACUUCCAGCUUGUACGUACUUAGGUGCUCUUGAAACCGGUAUAUGGAUUCAUGCAUAUUUAGAUAGGCACUUCAAAUGGUAUACGAAUACAUCUCUUUCCACUAGUCUAAUUGACAUGUACGCUAAAUGUGGAAGUAUCCAGUCUGCAGAACAAGUAUUCGACAGUAUAAAUCCAAAAGGUUUGGCUUCUUGGAAUGCAAUAAUAUCUGGGUUAGCGAUGCAUGGGCUUGUUGAUUCCUCCCUUGAACUUUUCUCAAAAAUGGUCGAUGAAGGAACUGAGCCAAAUGAUAUUACAUUUAUUGCUGUGCUUUCAUCUUGUAGUCAUGGAGGUUUGGUAGAACAGGCCCGCCAGUACUUCCAUUCCAUGGUCAAUGAUUACAAGAUUUCACCAAAGCUGCAACAUUAUGGAUGUAUGAUAGAUCUCCUUGGUCGAGCUGGGUUGUUCCAUGAAGCAGACAGCCUAAUUAAGAGUAUGGAGAUGAAACCUGAUGCUGCCAUAUUGAGUUCUAUGCUUGGAGCUUGUAAGCUUCAUGGUAAAGUCGAACUUGCUGAAGUUAUCUCUGACAAACUUUUUGAGCUGGAACCAGAUAACCCUGGGGGUUAUGUGCAAUUAUCAAAUGUCUAUGCAGCGGCUGGUAGAUGGGAAGAUGUGGCAAGAAUAAGAACAAGAUUAAAUGAUAGAGGAAUGAAAAAAGUUCCUGGAUGUAGCUCUAUUGAAGUGAAUAGCGUUGUUCAUGAGUUCCUCGUCGACGACAAAACUCAUCCACGCAGUAAAGAAAUAUACACUAUGUUGGAGGAAGUAGAUAAUCUGUUGGAGUUAGCUGGGCACAAACCUGAUACAUCAGAGGUACUUUACGAUAUUGGUGAGAAGCAGAAGGAGGGUGCGUUGUGUUAUCAUAGUGAAAGACUAGCAAUUGCUUUCGGUUUGAUCAGUACUAGGCCUGGGACAACUAUCCGGAUAGUGAAAAACCUUCGUGUGUGUGGGAAUUGUCAUUCAGCUACUAAACUCAUUUCCAAGAUCUUCCAAAGGGAUAUUAUAGCUCGAGAUCGAAAUCGAUUCCAUCAUUUUAGAGAUGGUUCUUGCUCAUGCAAGGAUUACUGGUGACAUUCAAGAGGUUAGUUUGCUUUCCAAUAGAAAAUGCUUACUGUUAAUGUAGAUAUCUGUGCUAUAAUUCCUGUAGUAGAGAGUUUCGCACUCACAGUUGUAUAUUUUUACGGGUGAUGAUUUAGAAUUAGGUGUAAUAUGGUAUCUAUUCGUUGGAAGACACAAUAUAUAUCAUUAGCAAAUGCAUUGUAGAUUAGCUUCAGAAAACAUGUCAUCUCUUUGACACAGAAUCUAUGUAAGUUUGGUAGAGUCAUAGUGUAACAUGAAACCUGUAGAAAUUUAUAGAAU